GCAGCAUGGAAGCGUACACGGUGUUACUAUUCGCCUUCAUCUUCUCCUUACUGCUGGCCAUCAGCUGGAGCGCGAGCCUCAUUGCCCGCAUCACUGACCCUCCGCCCGGCAAAGUCCCACCCCGUCCGCCGUUCAAAGAUGCGCCAACCACUCGGAACACUGCGUGAUCAUCUAUAGCUUUCUACGCUACACCACCUGCGAUGGCCACCAUGAAUGGAGACUCAGAACAGCGACCGGGUGGCAAGUACGCUUCGUACGUACCACACGACCUCAAAUACAGCGCCGAAUUCGAGGACGCCUUGAUGAGCGUUGUGCUCAACCCUCCAGCGUCACCAGACGGAAUUCGCGUGAUCUCGGAGGACAGCUCUGAGCAGUCAACGGAAGGCGUAUCAAUACGCAUGAAAGACAUCCCGCCCGAGAGCCUGCCAGUCAUUGCCGAGACUGAUCUCCCACUGCCUUUGGACGACCCGCGACGCAUCUUUGCCAGCCCUGUGCCUGGCAUUAAGCUCACCCACCCGGGCGGCUACCUCGAAGGUGGUCCUGGUCUUGAUCCUGACAUGGAUACGUUUCCCGAGGACUUUUUCAACAACCACCCGCACGCACGUACGACCGACCGCUUGGCUGCCACGGUAGACAAGAAGAUUGAGGAGCUCAUGGGGGAAUUGCAGGACAGGAUGCGCAAACGCGAGGAUGCGAUCAAGGAGAAUGGUGAAGUGGAGAAGAAGCUGGAAGAGUUAAUGUUGCAGCACGCCAUGGAGCUCAAGGUGCACAAGAAGCUCGCCGAUGAUAGACGAGCGAAGCGGGAGGCCAAAGAGAAGCGGCGUGCCGAGCGUGAAGGUGGCCCGUCCUAGCCUCACGCUGAAGCGAGGCUGUAUGAUACAAGAUAUAUGGACAAGUCUGCAGUGACGACAGGUCAUUAGAGAAGAAGCUCUAUAUGUGCCAGGGGAGAACACGUUCGACCACGAAGUCCGCCAUCUUCCUAGUAGACAACAAGGUUGGCUUGACUGCAUCGCAAGGACAGGCAGUAUUGGUACGGCUCAGGACCACCGUGAAGCAUGCUGUGCACCUCUUCUGGCCUCUCUUAGCUGCCAAAUUGGGCCCUCGGAACACAGCGCCUGAGAUCUUACGCUGCUCUGAACAGCACUCCGAACGAAACUGGCAGAUCCGAGGACUGGUGCUCGUUGCUGUGGACAGUCACUCACGAGCGGCAGACUUGUCGUUCACCGAAGAUGACGGGAAAGGAUGAUGGUACAAUGAACAGAGUCUAAUGCGACUCAACGUAGAGCACGUCUCGCGCACGCCGCACAUUAGAUCGGAUAUGGCUUAUUCAUAAUUUGCUCCAGAAGAGGCCAUAGGCGGAUCCCAAAUUAGGUGGCGGAAGGUACGAUCUAAAACAACUUACCACAGUACAGUGGUGUUUAGGGUCAAGCUGUCGGCAAUGAAACGUCAUUCUGUUCGCAGAGAGGUAUGCCAUAUUAGCAAACUAGUGGUAAUGAGAGCCCAUUUGACAAUACAAUGUUGGAUCACAUUGUCGAGUCUGUCACAUGUAGUUUGUGGAAGCGAUCGUCGCUGCUUUGCAUCUGCACACAAUUCAGCGUUUCAGGCGAAAGCGACCAACGGCGCGCUCUCUCCUCUUGCUGAUCCG